AUGUCCCUCCCAACGCAUACACCAGUUUGGCGCAUCAAGAAUUCCCCUCAAGACUCUGUAGUUCUUGAUUUUUCUGACGAUGCAACAUUUGCUUUGACAGAAGAACCUGUGCCUCGUGUUGAGGACGGGGACAUGCUCGUGGAAACUUUGUACAUCUCCAAUGACCCUGCGCAACGAGGAUGGAUCCAGAAAGAUGUCUUACCAGAACGCCUUUACACCGCUCCUGUGCAUAAAGGCGAUGUGAUGGCGACUCAUUCCAUCGCUCGUGUUCUUUUACUCAAGGACAACACUAGCCAUGGAUUCAAGGUAAACGACUUAGUUUACUGUUUGACUGCUGGGUGGCGACGAUACGCUGUGGUCAAGACAGACCCCUCUUCGUGCCUACCCGUAAUGUAUGCGAGUGCUUUCUCUUGGUGUUACGCCGCUGACCUAACUAGGGUACCCGAAAAUGUGUCACCUACUGCCGCUCUUGGUCUUUUUGGAGUACCUGGAUUUACUGCGUACUAUGGUCUGAGGGAUAUCUUGAAACUCAAGGAAGGAGAGUCGCUGAUUGUCAGCGCGGCUGCGGGUGCCGUCGGGAAUGUCGUCAUUCAAUACGCCAAGAAAGUGAUCAAGGCGAAAAAAGUGAUCGGAAUUGCGGGAUCAGACGAAAAAUGCCAAUGGAUCAAGGAACUCGGUGCAGAUGUUGCCCUCAAUUAUAAAUCAGAUACAUUCCCUCAAGAUCUUAUUGACGCCACAUCGGACUUUGUGGAUGCAUACUUUGACAAUGGUGUUGUCCUGGAUCAAGUGAUUCCACGAAUCAAACAGCAUGGUCGUAUCGCAGCUUGUGGCGCCAUUUCAGGAUAUAAUAAGGACGUGGGGAAACCCACGAUGGGUAGUACCUGGAUUGAAGUAGUAACCAACCGCCUAUCUAUUCAAGGCUUCGUUGUUCUUGACUUCAUGUUCCCGAAAGACGGGUCUAACAGAGUGGCCACGGAAGCAUUUCCAGACAUUGCUGGAGCACUUCAGCGGGGAGACAUCACGCUCGAACGUGCCGAAGACAUUGCGGAGGCACCCUUCGUUGACAUCCCAAAGGUUUGGGGAAGGCUUUUCACUGGUGCCAAUACUGGGAAGUUGGUAACAAAGCUUGCAUUUAGUGCAUGA